AUGGAGAACUUCAGUGCUGGAGACCCAGUGAACCGUUUUGAUCAAGGUGAAAACCUGAGACUAAAGGAACUGAAACAGAGGGAGUUUGCUCGAAAUGUAGCAUCCAAGUCACGAAAAGAUGAAAGGAAACAGGAAAAAGCCCUUCAACGUUUGCACAAGCUAGCUGAGCUAAGGAAAGAGAGAACGUGUGCACCUGGAAGUGGCCCCAUGUUCAAAUCCACUACAGUGACUGUGCGAGACCAUCGCAAUGAUGUCCCACAAAGUGCUGCCGACAAUUCUGCCGGCAAACAGGAUUUCAGCUAUUCGUUAACGCAGGAUGCUCAGAAUUGUAAAGAUGUUGCUUCUGUUAAUUCUUCCACUCCCGGAAAUGGAUGUAGUAAUAAAUCUGAUGCUAGCAAAUGUGGAGAUCAGGUUCAAGGAGCUCAAGGACAUAGAGUUGGGUUCUCUUUUGCUUUUCCUAAGAAAGCAGCGGUCAAACUGGAGUCUUCAGCUGCCGUGUUCUAUGAAUAUAAUGACGAAACGUCUACAGAGCAUGGAUUUAGCCGAAGAAGUAGGUUUGUUCCAGGAGCGUGUAACCUUCAGUCUCCUUCAGCAGCAGAAAUAGUCCUGUGCCCUGAGGAGAAACAUAACUGUUUUCAUCCACAGCUGGAAAAAUGCAUAGACAUAGCAGAAGCUCCUGAAGCUCAGGAGUCAAAAGAGCUGGCCAGUGAAGAAAGCAGGGUGCUAGAGAGCCCCAUGUUAACUCCUGCUGUGUCCCAUUCGAAGCACAUGGUGUCCUCGGACAUGGGUGGCCAUGGUAUCGAUGUCAGUGAAGCAGGUCUACCAGACCAGACUCUGCCGGUGUUUGUGGAGAGUACUCAGGUCCUGCCCCAGGACUGCAGCGGUCAUGAGCUCCAGGCAAACACGACUCUGGUGCAAGCAGUCAUGGAGGAUUGUUUAUCUGUGCAGGAUGUCACGGAGGAAAAUGAUAAAGAGAGGAGCAGUGGUUCAUCCACAACUGAAGCUGAAAUUAAAAAGCUAGGGGCAGACGCAUUAGUGCCAUCACCGUCUGAUGAAGGUAGUAGUGGAACCCCACAAAGCAAACCAGACAUGCACAAGAGACCUUGCGAACCCUUUUUUCCUGUUCUUAGCAAACACGGAUCAAAUAUUCUUCAGUGGCCAUCAGAAAUGUUAAUUUACACAAGUACACACCCAUCCAUUUCUUAUAGCUGUAAUCCUUUAUAUUUUGAUUUCAAGUUAUCAAGAGCAAGUGGCAGCCAUGAAAAGCCCAAGCAUCAGCCAAACAUACCUCAUUUGAACCAUAAAACUGAAUCCAACCAUAGCUUAGUUUCGGAUUUUACAAAUAAACCUACUUCAGAGUGUAGUGAUUAUGAAACUGAAAUGAAUAAAAAUGCAUGCAACUAUACAAUACCCCUUAAAAGUGAUAUUUCCCUCAUCAGAAAUUGUGAUCUUGCAAAAAAUCAAACUAAAGUGUCCUUGGAUGAGUCAUUCAGGAUUAGAAAAAUAGAAAAGUAUCAUAUUUCUAAAAAUCACUUACGACAAAACACUGUGAUAGAUGAGAAAUAUAACAAAGUUUGGAUCAAAGAAGGCCAUGAGAAAUGGCUUCACAGAAGUAGAAAACGGAAAAGGAGAAAAAAAUUAUGCCGUUGUCAUUGCCAUCACUGUGGGGAAACCACAGGGGCAGAAAUGGAGAUGUCGUCAGUGACUGAAAAAGAAAUUAGUUACAGAGAUGAAACUAAGUAUCAGCAACUCCUAAAUAUUCCAGAGAAGAGCAGACAUGAUGCGGGGAAUAUCUGCCUAGAUCCAGAUGAGAUACAGCAGUCACAUCAAAAAGCUGGCAUUGAAAACAGUCUUAAGAGAGCCAUGUCUGUGCCAGAUCACCUGAAUGGGGACAGAGGCUGGUGUGAUGUGUGGAGUGCAAAAAACAGCGGCCAACACCGUGUUUGUAAACGACCACGCAGAAAGAAGAGCAAAGCAAAUUCUCAGAGACAGGCAAAGCAGCUGGCUCCACAUUCCAGGAGGCACAGCUUAAGGUACUCCGAAACAUGUUGUAGCUGGAGAAUCAGAAGGUCAAGCUGUAGCCCAGAGCAUAGAUGUUUAGGACACUGCAGGGAGGAGAAGAGUCCAAGUCAAAACCAGUCUAUAAAGAGAGGUUACAACGUUUUGACAGAGGAACCUGAAAAAUCCCGCCGCAAGAGGAGGCAGCAUACCUAUUCCUCUUCAUCAGACGAAAGCUCCUACGGACAAAUGUUAUCAGCGGAGGAACAUCUAAGGCAAGCACGUACCUUAGGUACACAUCACAAAGCAAAAGGGAAACACAGGAGAAGGAAAACUAAAAUCCGUCACGUAUUCCUUGACAGGAACUCAAGUGAGACCUCCAAACCUUUCAAAGAAAAUUCUCCAAAUUCUACAAUAAGUAUUUUAGGGGAUUUCCUGCCUCGAGACAGUCUAGAGGAAAUUAAUGUGGAUCUCAAAGCUGAUAGUGCAAAAGAUACAGAUGAAACAAUGCAGCUGGAGGAAAGCAUGUCAUCUCUAGAAACCAAUAGUUCGCACGUGCUGGAAAAUGACAAAGUGACAACGUGUGCUGCAAUGGAAAGCGCUCCCGGUACAUUUUCUGACAUCAUCGCAGAUUCUACUGCUUCUGCUCCUGAGCACAGUGCUCCAGCAGCUGCCAGCAUGCAGAAAGUUCUACAAGAUGAAAAGAAAAGAGAAAAUGUCAACAGCCCUGAAAAUCAAGCUCAUUACAAAGUUCCCCUCUCCAGCAGACAUUUGGAACAAGCUCUUCCUAAAUCCUAUCUUUGCCAUUAUGAAUUUGCCGAGUCUCUACCGCAGGAGAAAAUAAACGAGGUGACCGGUGAAUGGGUACAGUGUAGUCCUGGCUCAUUCAGCAGCCCACCACCCUUGCCGUUCAAAGAAGCACACGUAAACAGUCAUACCUUUUUAACUGCUGAGCAGUUAAUAGCCCCCUUCACCCUACCUGAUCAGACAUUGAUACUUCCUCCAGAUAACCAUGAAAAAUUCAAAGAUCUCCCAUCUGAGACAUAUCACCAGAUCAUGCCACAAAAUGUGCUGGCCAGCAAAGUCAAGUUCACCUUCCCUCCUCCGGCGCUCCAGCCCCUGAAUUCCCCGCUGCAGCCCUACCCCUUGCAGCCGCCGCUGCGUUCUACCUCCGUGACCACCAUCCAUCACACCGUCCUCCAGCAGCACGCUGCCACCGGCACCUUGAAGGUCCUCCAGCCCCACCACCAGUUCCUCUCGCAGGUCCCGGCUCUUUCCAGAGCUCCUUUACCUCAUCUACCAGUCGGACCGCGACUCUGCCCGGGGAGCCACGCGCCUUUCGUCCCCCCACCGCAUUUACCGCUGCUGCCACCCUCGAUCCUGCACCCCACCCAGCUGGCCUUCCCCCCGCUGCCCCAUGCCGUCUUCCCGUCCCUGCUGUCCCCACACCCAGCAAUCAUCCCCCUGCAGCCCCUCUUUUAG